GUAUCUUUUCGCACUAGACUAGUAUCCUUUGACCACGAAGGAAUCAACAAAGAUGCAGCGAGAUAAAGGAGCAAACUCCGGUGGCAGUGGCGAUAAGCCGGAGCGGGAUGUCGCCAUCAUGUCGAAGUAUUAUGAUGGGGUCGAGUUCCCCUUCUGCGACGAGUUUUCGAAAUAUGAGAAACUUGGUAAAAUCGGACAGGGAACGUUUGGGGAGGUGUUCAAAGCCAAACAUCGGCAGACUGGGAAAAGGGUGGCCUUGAAAAAAGUGCUCAUGGAAAAUGAGAAAGAAGGGUUCCCCAUCACCGCUCUUCGCGAGAUCAAGAUCUUGCAGCUGCUCAAACAUGAAAAUGUAGUGAACUUAAUCGAAAUAUGCAGGACCAAGGCCACUCAGUUUAAUCGAUACAAGGGCAGCAUCUACCUGGUAUUUGACUUCUGUGAACACGACCUGGCGGGCUUGCUCAGCAAUGCCCAUGUGAAGUUCACCCUGGCGGAGAUCAAAAAGGUCAUGCAGAUGCUGCUGAAUGGCCUCUACUACAUACACAGAAACAAGAUCCUGCAUCGGGACAUGAAGGCGGCCAACGUGCUCAUUACACGAGAGGGAGUGCUGAAGCUGGCUGACUUCGGGCUGGCGAGGGCCUUCAGCCUGGCCAAGAACAGCCAGGGAAACCGCUACACCAACCGAGUGGUCACGCUCUGGUACAGACCUCCUGAGCUGCUACUGGGGGAGCGAGACUACGGCCCGCCCAUUGACUUGUGGGGAGCUGGCUGUAUUAUGGCCGAGAUGUGGACCCGCAGCCCCAUCAUGCAGGGCAACACGGAGCAGCACCAGCUCACCCUCAUCAGCCAGCUGUGUGGCUCCAUCACGCCAGAGGUGUGGCCCUCAGUGGACAAGAAGUACGAGCUGUACCAGAAGAUGGAGCUCCCCAAGGGCCAGAAGAGGAAGGUGAAGGACCGGCUCAAGUUCUACGUCAAGGACCCCUACGCCCUGGACCUGAUCGACAAGCUCCUGGUGCUGGACCCCAACACACGCGUGGACAGCGACGACGCCCUCAACCACGACUUCUUCUGGUCCGACCCCAUGCCCUCCGACCUGAAGAACAUGCUCUCCACGCACAACACCUCCAUGUUCGAAUACCUGGCCCCGCCCAGGAGGAGGAGCCACAUCCCCCAGCAGCCAGCCAAUCAGAACAGGAACCCCACCACCACCAGCCAGACCGAGUUCGAUCGGGUCUUCUGAUUGAUUUGGCCUCGUCCCUCCCCAGCAGCCCAGCGAAUCAGAACAGAAACAAGUUCAAUCUCGUCUUCUGAUUGGUUGACAGUUCCACACAACUGCUACUGACUGAUAAUGGCCGUGGCACUUUUGGUCACAAACGGCUGUGAGCACAGACAAAAUAACCUCAAGCUCAAAAUCAUGAAUCCCUUUAUGCUUUUCUUUUGUGUUUUCACAUGUGCCCAUGUCGGUCAGUUACUGGGUGUAUGUACUUUAUAUACUGUAUAUUUUUCAAUGUGGCAAACGUUCAUGCAGAAAUGCGUGUGAGACUGGCUUGUUUGCCCCUGUCUUAUAUGAAUUAUGAAUGUGGUGACUCUUAAAGAGGGAAGCCCAAGUUGGAGAAUGAGAAGGAAGGAAAUGUCUUCUCUCUGACACAUAGAGUAGUAACAAAGACUAAAAAUGUGAAGAGAGUACUGCAGAGAUAUUGUUGGAUCGAACUGGCUGUGUUGAAGUCACAGUAAACUGGUCUCUCUCUCUAACCAAUACUUUCCCACAUGCUAUUUUAUUACUUUCACAGGUUAUUUUAUGAUGCCGUUUUCUAAAAAUAGUUUCGUUUUUAAAGCAUCAUUAUGCGAUUUUGCCUGGUUUGUUUUGUGGUGUAUGUAUGUUGAGUACAGUACACGACAAUAAACCUUCAAUGACGAUG